CCAGAGAGUGGGGUUGCUCUGCGCUCCCACCAAUGCUCAUAGAAUCCAGCUGCCAGUCCUGCUGCCUUGCCCUGUUCUCAUGCUGGGUUUGGCCCUGAGACAGAACCGUGUGCAGGACCCCUGACUAGUUCCUCUCCCUCCUGCCGCUGCUGCCUUCUGUGCAUGGAGAAUGAUGGAGAAAACCAACGGUCUAAAGGCUUCCCCUGCCAACCACCAGCCACAGGAACCCAUGAAAACUACUUCCAAUGGGGAUCCAGAGAGAAAGGAGCUCAGCAACCACAGCAGAGUGCCGUCAGUCAAUGAUGACACGUCCUCAGAACUGCAGCGUGUUGCCGCCUUGGAUAAUGUGGAUGAGAAAUCCAAGAAGACAGGGGGCCUCUCCAGGAUAGCCCGCCUGGUGAUGGUUAUCCGGGGCUGGAUCAAUAAAAGCUUGAAAGAAGAAGAGGAGCGGACAGACUCCUUCCUGGAACGAUUUCGAGGGCCAGAUGUCAAGACUUUGGCAGUAGCUGCAGCAAGGGGUGAUGGGUUUGAUACCCAUGACAGAAAGACAAAGAAGAAAUGGAAAGUCUUUGUGUUGAAUCCCGCAGGGGACUGGUAUUAUCGAUGGCUUAUGGUCAUUGCAGUGCCAGUCCUGUAUAACUGGUGCACGUUGGUCGCACGGGCCUGUUUCAACGACCUUCAAAGGAAGUACUGGAUCUGGUGGCUAGUUCUAGACUACCUCGCAGAUAGCAUCUACAUCACAGACAUUGUCAUCCGCUUUCACACAGGUUUCCUGGAGCAGGGAUUACUCGUCAAGGACCUCAAGAAGCUGCGUGAUAAGUACAUUGCCACCAUGCAGUUCAAGCUGGAUGUCCUCUCUGUUUUGCCCACUGACUUUGCCUACUUUGCCGUCGGCUUAAACCGCCCCGAGUUGCGCUUCAACCGGCUGCUGCAUUUCCCCCGCAUGUUUGAGUUCUUUGACCGGACAGAGACACGGACCAGCUACCCAAACAUCUUCCGAAUCUGCAACCUGGUGAUGUACAUCUUGGUCAUCAUCCACUGGAAUGCCUGCAUUUACUAUGCUAUCUCUAAGGCCAUUGGCUUUGGAGAGGACACCUGGGUGUAUCCCAACAUCUCAGACCCAGAGUUUGGUUAUUUGACAAGGGAGUACAUCUACUGCCUCUAUUGGUCCACACUGACUUUGACUACCAUCGGGGAGACCCCUCCGCCUGUACGUGAUGAAGAGUAUCUCUUCGUCAUCUUUGACUUCCUGAUUGGUGUCCUCAUCUUUGCUACCAUUGUGGGAAAUGUGGGCUCCAUGAUCUCCAACAUGAACGCCACCAGGGCAGAGUUUCAGGCCAAGAUUGAUGCAGUCAAGCAUUACAUGCAGUUCCGCAAAGUGAGCAAGGACAUGGAGGCCAAGGUGAUCAAGUGGUUUGACUACCUCUGGACCAAUAAGAAAACUGUGGAGGAGUGGGAGGUCCUGAAGAACCUGCCUGACAAGCUGCGGGCAGAGAUAGCCAUCAACGUUCACCUGGAGACGCUGAAGAAAGUGAGGAUCUUCCAGGACUGUGAGGCUGGGCUUCUGGUGGAGCUGGUGCUCAAGCUCCGCCCCCAGGUAUUCAGCCCUGGAGACUAUAUUUGCCGGAAGGGGGACAUUGGCAAGGAGAUGUAUAUCAUCAAGGAAGGGAAGCUGGCUGUUGUGGCAGAUGAUGGCGUGACACAGUAUGCUAUGCUCACAUCAGGCUGCUGCUUUGGGGAGAUCAGCAUCCUCAACAUCAAAGGAAGCAAAAUGGGGAACCGGAGGACGGCAAAUAUCCGGAGCAUUGGCUAUUCCGAUCUCUUCUGCCUGUCUAAGGAGGACCUCAUGGAAGCAGUGACAGAGUAUCCAGAUGCCAAGAAAGUCCUGGAGGAGCGUGGACGAGAGAUCCUCACCAAAGAAGGUCUGUUAGAUGAAGAAACUGCAGCAGAGGGCAUGGAAAGUAUGGAUGUGGGGCAAAAGCUGAGCAGGCUGGAGGCCAGCUUGGACAUGCUGAAUGCCCGGUUCUCCCGCCUCCUGGCUGAGUAUGAUGCUGCCCAGAUGAAGCUCAAGCAGCGUGUCACCUCCCUGGAGACCAAAGUGAAGCAAGACCAGCAGGAUGACUUCUUCUCUGAUGAUUCCAUUAGCCCAUCCACAGAAGAGGGGAAAGCCAAACCUUAACCUACUGUGCUGCCAUCUGGAUUUGAGGCAGCAGCAUUUCCUUGCAUCUGAUGCCCACCCAGACUGCCUUGCAGUAACCCUGUCUCCACCAAACUACUGCUCCCUAGCUGAAACUUUCUCUCUCUGUAGCCCAUUCCCAGCUGUAUGUUCCUGGUGACUAUCACCAGGGUCCCUUUAAGUCUCUCUUGAACUGCUUUGAGAAGGUCAGAUACCCUCCAUUUCUUUCCUCAAGUUGCAUGUUCCUCCUCCCACCCUCUCCCCCAAAUGGGCCAAAUAGCACUGCCUCUGGCAGGUGCUUAUUUGGAACAUUCCCAUCAAGUAACCCACUACAGUGGACCACAUUACCUGCUCACAAUCUUAUUUUGACAACUACUUUUGUGAAAUUCUCUAAGCCGGUCCAAGUCCUUCCUGUUCGUGGAGCACAUUCAGAGAAAGCCUCUCCCUGUGAGCUGACCAUGCUCCCUAAGUCUGCAUAGAGGGCAAAGGAAGGGGAUGUGUGCACUUUGGUGUGUGGGCUGUUGGUGUUUGCUAGGGCCUGAACCCACCUGCUUCAGUGAGGAUUAUAAGAUUUUGGAAAUGUGUUACUUGAAGAUUGCUUGUAUGCCUGCAAUCCUGCCAUCCCACACAAGCUCUUUAGCCCUGGUUCUGCUGCCUGGCUGCUCAAGCGGGCAGUGCUGUCUCAUUCAGUCUCGUUCCCUUUCUGCUCUUUGAGGCUUUUAAGGUCCCUCCUGGCUGAGUUUCCCCCUCAGUUCUUGAAGACGUACUGCUCCUUCUGCAUCGACUUUAGAGCAUCGACUGCAUCGACUUUAGGACCCCACAAUUGUCCAGGGAAUGUGGUUGAGCCCAACACAAAUUCUGACCCUGGAACCUAUCCCAGAAAUGCUGGAGAGGAAAAUCUCCUUGCAUUUCACAUGAAGGAUUAAGCUGAAGUGGCUGUCCCAUGUGUGCUGAGUAGAAAUGGCCAGCUGAACAUCAGGACAAACUUGGUUGAGGCCCUACCCCUCUUUCUGGUUUAACCCACCAAUAUCCCUUGGGUAAUGCACAAUAGCUCUGCCAUUCUCAGGGAAACACCACCACCCCUGCAGCUCUCUCCCUUGUCCAUUCCUCUCUUGCCUCAGUUCAUGACUGAGCCAGUUUACACAGAACAAGGAACUUUGGACCCAAAGGCUGUUUACUUGCCCAAAACUCAGAUUUCAGUUUUGGAACCCUCUUGUCAAUUUCCAUUUUUAUGCACCAAAAGAAAAUGGGCCACUUUCCUCAAGGUUAGUUGUGGAGGAGGAGUAUGCUUAGCCAAAGGGCUUCUAUCAAGUUUUGACUGGGUUUGCUCAGAUCCUGCUUCGAACCAUGAAUUCCUCCAGAUCCAUUUCUGUAAUGAAACAGAAGCUCACAAGAAUUUGGGGUGGAGCUGCUGGGUAUGGAAGCAGGACCCACCACUCAAAAAGCCCACAAUGCUUCCAGUGUGUGUCUGGCAGGCACAUGACUUGAUGUGGACUCUACACAUCUGAGCCAAGGAAGCCACAACUGACAGGCGUCCUGUGGGGCACGUUACACAUCUUCAAAAUAAAGAACUCAGAUGUGAGCAGCCAGUGGGUUUAGCAGAUGGGUUGCAUAGGUGCCUCCCUGCUCUCUCUCCCCCCCCCCCCGGUUUCCUGGCUGCUCUGGUUGGACUACGCAGACUGUGACUCUUUUACCCUGGGGCUUUGGGUCUGCUCAAGCUAAUGUUCCAUGAGCUUAUUUACUUAACAAACAAAUUGCCCUGCAGCUCUCCUUGCAGUGUGUGUGUGUGUCUAGCAAUGUUACAUAGCAGCAGCAGCAGCAGCAGCAGCAGCAGCAGCAGCAGCAGCAGCAGCAGCAGCAGCAGCAGCAGCAGCAGCAGCAGCAGCAGCAAUACAUUCUUUUCCAGAUCCCACAAACCUCUGGCUUCCCAACUGCAAAUGGUGAGCCACAAGGGGGUGCUGUGUACAGUGGAAUGAAUUGCAGUCCUGCCUGGCUCAGCCUGCUUGGAAUGGAGACACACUGAAUGUGGGAGCAUCUCUCAAGCGGAAACCCAGAGCAGAGAGGCCCAGCUUUUCCCCUGGAGCCAGAAGCAAAUCUUCUCUUUGGAAAUCAAACCCUGUUGUGCCGGAAGGCCUGGUGAGCUGGUCUGCUCAUCCAAUCCAUGUGCUGUUGCAUUCAUUUUCCUUUGGGAGGGAGUCUGCAUGCAAAUGACUUGUGGGUCAGCAUGAAUUUCACAGACCCUCAGGCUUCUGAAGUGCCUAUUGCAUUGCCCCCCAACUGUUCCUGAACCUAUCCCAGGGAAGGAGGGCUCAUUUCAAGAUGUCACACACAUUAAUACUUUUUAUAAAGAGUUUCCCUGCUGAGG